UGCGGCAGCGACACCUCUUCUGUUGAUGUUACCUCUCUGUGUGAAACACGGUGUUUCUCUCUCUCCUCUCAGAGACAAGCUGAACGAGCUGAGGAGACAGAAGGAGAAGCUGGAGGAGAAGAUCAUGGAUCAGUAUAAGUUCUAUGACCCCUCACCCCCACGGAGGCGUGGGAACUGGAUCGCCCUGAAAAUGAGGAAGCUGAUGAAGCCGAGGAGCCGCGAGCGUUGUGGCCCCGCCUCCUCUUCUGACCACCAUCGCUCCCUCACCCCCACACGCUCCGGGUCCUUCGAGGCCCUCCCGCCCACCUCCCCCUCUGCUCCCUGUUGCCAGGACAACGACUCCUUCGUGGGUUCGGACGGCUCGGGUGGGUCCACCACCUCCCCCCGGAGGAGCAGCACCCUGAAUGACCUGGACAAACUGAAUGACUUGGUGUACCCCUCAACCCUGUCUGAGGACCCUGAGCAGCUAGAGGGGUCAGAGRUCAAGAAUGACAGAUCCAGGAAGGAGUCUAUGACCUCAUCCAUGAGCGACUCCAUCUUGUCCAUCAUCAACCAUCAACACCAGCCCACCACCACUCCUUUGUUUUAUCCCACCACCACUGCUGCUGCCGCUGCCACUGAUAGCRAUGAGCCAUGUUUGACAGACAAGGAUUAUAAUGACAGUGCUGUGGCGACUGACUUUGACGACGGUGAUGAACUACAAAACCACGGUCUGAAUGGCGUGCCGAGCCGUGCCCAGAGCCAGAGCAGCGGAGAGUUCAGCCUCGACAACGAACCCUGGUCCAACGGCAGUAGCCCGGUCCAGCCGCCUCCGUCAUCCCGCCGCUCCUCUUCCUCCUGCCUUCCGCCUAGCGAUACCUCCACCCCCCGACACACACGGCAGAACCCCUCGCCGACCACACACACACAGCAGCGAUCCACYUCCUUAACACACACCAGCAGYAACAARCACAGAGAGAGGGUAGGAGUAAAGAACUCCUCACCUAUUGCCAUAGCAAACACCCAGGGUUCAGUUCCCUGUAGGGGGAGGGAGGUGGGUAGCACCCAGGACCCCUGGCCCAGAAGGAGUGUCCUCAGGAGGUGUGCCAGCGGGAGCAGAGCCCCCAGCGCCCUUCCGAUGGGAAUGUCCCCAAAACAGCUCAGGGACAGGUUGCCGUACUAUCUCGAUCUGGAUUAGGUCUGAACAAAGCUCCGGAGACCACCACCACCCGAGCCUCAGCCAUGUCCCCGAUCGCGGUGCUCUACGUCCAGGGUAAAUCUUCCUCGGUGUCUGGGUGUCUCAACUGUUUCUCCACCCCGUUGGGAAGGAGGCGCGUCUAAGAGGGCCAUGGUCUCCUACCUCUCUACCACGGGCCAGUAGCGUCAUCUCAACAGCCGAGGGUUCCUCGCGACGAUCCAGUGUCAACAGUGACUCUAGGGUGAUGGCGAAAGUAGGUCCCUUACCUAUCUAUGGAAUCUGAUGGGAGCCCGAAUCAGGAGACGGACACGGUUAAUCAGAAUCAGAACAAGCAGAACAAUCCAGAAGAACGAGACACUAAUAAUCAACCACCACCACCAAGCAAACCCCCCAGAGACCCAGCAUAGCCAUCGAUCGACCCAAAUCCACCUGCCAGGAAUCCCUCUUCGUGGCACCCCGUUCAACCUAGACUCUGUCUUCUCAGACACUAUCUUUAGCGAGUCGGUAGUCACCACCACUACUAGUAACAACGGCAAUAAUAACGUAAGAACCAGACUUUCCUCUGUCUGAACCCAGAACUGGUGCGUAACGUCAGUUGCUCGCCGCUGAGUCAGGAGUCCACUAACGGCACGCGCACCGGACGCAUGGAAAUUACGGAGCCAAAAUGGAGGACAAGAAGACUGUGAGAGUAAUACUGUGGAAAUGACUCAGUGCUGAUUGCUGAUGACAAGCAGUUGGUAGUUGCAUGUAUACAGUCCUGUAUUGAGUUCUGCAAUAGAUACAGGGAGUUGUGAAUGUCAGUACCAACGUAGUACCAACAUUACCAACUAGUACUAAUCAUUACCAACGUAGUACCAACAUUGUUUAAAAGAGAAGCAAACAUCAUAAUGAUUUCCUAUUGUGUUGAUGCAAUAACUGUUCUUCUCCUUAUAGGUGCUUUUGAAGUAGUGAUGUUUUUGGUUUUAGGCACUUUUCACAAUGAAGUCCUAGACAUUAUAACAUUGUGUUAUAGAGUAUAUAAGAUCUCUGUUUUUGGGCUGAGAUUUAGACUGUAUAUAAUGAUAAGAUGAAUUGAGAACAUACAAAGACACAUUCACAUACUAUACUUGUUUCUCUAAUGUACAGAUUUUUAUAUUUAGUCCAAAUGAAGAUGUAAAUAAAAUGUACUUUUAGGGAAUAAGUUGUUGUUUUCAAAAAAGCACAUCGACAGUCUUCCUUUGUUGGUUGACAAAAGUUUUCAGUAUUAUGCGGCCUAUGUUUAUUAGUAUUUUUAAGCCUGUGUUGAUAUUUUGUUUUUAUUUUUGUUUAUAGGCCGUGUCAAUCUACAAAUGCUUAAACUCCCUAUUCAUAUGUACUUUUUGUUGUUCCCACACAGUAGAUCUAGUUAUACACAUAAACCCUUCAACCGGAAAACCAUAGCUCUCUGUCCAGAGUGUUGAUAUUACAUACAGACUAGUAGACAACAUGUACAUUACAUUACCAUGUUAGUUCAGAACGCUGGACAUUACAGUGAACUUAUAACAACAAACACAAUCAGUAAUCAUCUUAUUAGGAAAAACACACCAAUAUGGUUCCUCGGUCGAGUGCCAUGUCAUGUGUC